CCGUUCGCGGGGGAAAAAGCGCUCUCGCUCUCUCUCUCUCUCUCUCCGAACCCUAAUCCCCGAAUCGAAAACCCUAGCUUCGAUCCCCACAUUCCCCCUCGAUCGCUCCUCCGAUCGGGGCCGAGAGCUCCAAUGGCGCUGCGGGGAUCGGCGCUGCUGCUCCUCGCCGUGCUCCUAUCGCACGCGUUUUUGGGCCUCGAAGGGAAGAGCUACUACGAGGUUCUCGGCGUGUCGAAGGGGGCGUCGGAGGAGCAGAUCAAGAGGGCUUAUAGGAAGCUCGCGUUGCAGUAUCACCCCGAUAAGAACCCUGGGAACGAGGAGGCGAACAAGAAAUUCGCCGAUAUCAACAAUGCAUACGAGGUGUUGGCGGAUCAGGAGAAGAGGAAGAUCUACGAUCGGUACGGCGAAGAGGGUCUGAAGCAGUUCGCCGCCGGCGGGGGAAGGGGUCCUGGGAUGAACAUCCAAGACAUCUUUUCCAGUUUCUUCGGAGGUGGUGGGGGAGAAGAGGAGGAAGAUGUCGUCGUUAAAGGUGAUGAUGUAAUAGUUGAAUUAGAUGCUACGCUAGAAGAUUUGUACAUGGGAGGAUCAUUGAAGGUUUGGAGGGAGAAAAAUGUUAUAAAGCCAGCUCCUGGCAAGAGGCGCUGUAACUGUAGGAAUGAAGUUUAUCAUAGACAAAUUGGCCCAGGAAUGUUCCAACAGAUGACAGAGCAGGUCUGUGAACAAUGUCCAAAUGUGAAAUACGAACGGGAAGGUUAUUUUAUAACUGUUGAUAUUGAGAAAGGGAUGCAAGAUGGACAAGAGGUGCUAUUUUAUGAGGAUGGCGAGCCUAAAAUUGAUGGAGAAGCUGGUGAUCUGAAGUUUAGAAUCAGAACUGCACCGCAUCAACGCUUCCGGAGAGAAGGCAAUGACCUGCAUACUACGGUGACAAUUUCACUGCUACAAGCUCUUGUAGGUUUCGAGAAAUCCAUUAAGCAUCUCGACGAACAUCCUGUGGAGAUUGGCACCAAGGGUAUCACGAAACCUAAAGAGGUGAGGAAGUUCAAAGGAGAAGGGAUGCCGCUCUACCAAAGCACAAAGAAAGGAGAUUUGUAUGUCGCCUUCGAGGUUCAGUUCCCGAAAUCACUAAGUGAAGAUCAAAAGGCCAAGAUUAAGGCAGUUCUUUCCUGAAAGAAAAAAAAGGCGGUCGCAAGUUCUCACCCUUUUUUGUAUCGUGACUGCCUCUUUUAGAAAGUGUACACCCCCUGGCGAUUUUUGGAGGAGCUCGUUUGGGAAUUAUGUCUUACGGUCUUAUCUUUUUCGUGUUCCCUGCUUCCAUGGGGUGUUUAGUCUGACAUAAUAUUUUUUUUUUUCCGUUCCCUUUCUCUUACAGCGAAAUGUAAUUUAGAAACCGAAACUGGUUAAUUGGAGACAUAGUUCUGAUUAUUUUCCUAUAAUUGAGGGAGAUAGGGAAAUGUAGUUUAUAGAAUGAUGCUCAGUUCUCCGUCUGUCUCUUGAGUUGGUAGAGCUUCUUUAAAAAGUGAAUUUUUGCUGUUUUGAGUG